UUUGAAAAAUUUCCUGAAUGUGGCUUCUAUGGAAUGUAUGACAAAAUUCUGCUCUUCCGCCAUGACCCUACCUCUGAAAACAUUCUCCAGUUGGUGAAAUCAGCUGCAGAUAUCCAAGAAGGAGACCUGGUUGAAGUUGUCUUGUCAGCUUCUGCUACAUUUGAAGACUUUCAAAUCCGGCCCCAUGCUCUUUUUGUUCAUUCGUAUCGAGCGCCAGCCUUUUGUGACCAUUGUGGAGAAAUGCUGUGGGGGCUGGUGCGUCAAGGACUCAAAUGUGAAGGAUGUGGUCUAAAUUACCACAAGAGAUGUGCAUUUAAAAUCCCUAACAACUGCAGUGGUGUACGGAAAAGGCGCCUGUCAAACGUGUCCCUGACGGGACUCAGCACCAUUCGGACAGUUUCUGCAGAACCCUCGCCCGGCGUGCCGGAUGAAGCCCUUCUGCAAAAGACACCAUCUGAAUCAUUCAGUGGGCGAGAGAAGAGAUCAAAUUCACAGUCCUACAUUGGACGACCCAUUCAGCUAGACAAGAUCUUACUGUCCAAGGUUAAAGUGCCUCACACUUUUGUCAUCCACUCUUACACACGGCCAACAGUUUGCCAGUACUGUAAGAAGCUUCUCAAAGGGCUUUUUAGACAGGGUUUGCAGUGCAAAGACUGUAGGUUCAACUGUCACAAACGCUGUGCUCCUAAAGUGCCAAAUAACUGCCUGGGGGAAGUUGCCAUUAAUGGAGAUCUUCUUAGUCCUGGGGCUGAGUCUGAUGUGGUCAUGGAAGAAGGAAGUGACGACAAUGACAGUGAAAGAAACAGUGGUUUUAUAGAUGACAUGGAAGAAUCUAUAGCUCAUGAUUCUGAGAUGUCAAUGACAGGAUGCCAUAGUGACAAUGGGGAAAUGCAGGAUGCCGAUCCGGAUCACGAUGAAUCUAACAGGAUGAUCAGCCCUUCAACCAGCAACAAUAUUCCAUUAAUGAGAGUGGUACAGUCUGUGAAGCACACAAAAAGGAGAAGUAGCACAGUAAUGAAGGAGGGUUGGAUGGUUCACUAUACAAGCAAGGACACACUGAGGAAACGACACUACUGGAGACUGGACAGCAAAUGCAUUACACUUUUUCAAAAUGAUACUGGAAGCAAGUAUUACAAGGAAAUCCCAUUGUCUGAAAUUUUGUCUCUGGAACCUGCAAAAACUCUCACUUUGCUGCCUCAAGGAGCCAAUCUUCAUUGUUUUGAAAUAAGCACAGCUAAUAUAGUCUAUUAUGUUGGAGAAAACACAGAAAACCUCUCAAGUGUUCCAUUUAAUAACAGUGUUAUCACCAGUGGUAUUGGCAUCGAUGUAGCUCGAAUGUGGGAGAUGGCAAUACAGCAUGCCCUGAUGCCCGUCAUCCCUAAAGGGGCAUCAACUGGGUCAGGACCCAGCCUGCACAGGGAUAUAUCCAUCAGUAUUUCUGUGUCAAACUGCCAAGUUCAAGAAAAUGUGGAUAUUAGCACUGUAUACCAAAUCUUCCCGGAUGAGGUGUUGGGAUCAGGACAGUUUGGAAUUGUUUAUGGAGGAAAACAUCGCAAAACAGGAAGAGACGUUGCCAUUAAAAUAAUUGACAAACUAAGGUUUCCAACUAAACAGGAAAGUCAACUUCGUAAUGAAGUUGCAAUUUUACAGAAUCUUCAUCAUCCUGGGGUUGUAAAUCUGGAGUGUAUGUUUGAGACGCCGGACAGAGUGUUUGUUGUUAUGGAAAAGCUCCAUGGAGACAUGCUGGAGAUGAUCUUAUCAAGUGAAAAGGGCAGAUUGCCGGAGAGAAUAACAAAGUUUUUAAUUACUCAGAUCCUUGUUGCUUUAAGACAUCUUCAUUUCAAAAAUAUUGUUCAUUGUGACCUCAAACCAGAAAAUGUGUUAUUGGCAUCAGCUGAUCCCUUCCCACAGGUAAAACUUUGUGAUUUUGGCUUUGCUCGAAUCAUUGGAGAGAAAUCAUUUAGGCGUUCAGUUGUAGGAACGCCAGCCUACCUUGCUCCAGAAGUGCUGAGAAACAAAGGCUAUAACAGAUCUCUGGAUAUGUGGUCUGUGGGUGUCAUCAUUUACGUAAGCCUCAGUGGUACCUUCCCAUUCAAUGAAGAUGAAGACAUACAUGACCAAAUCCAGAAUGCUGCUUUCAUGUAUCCACCUAAUCCAUGGAAAGAAAUUUCUCAUGAAGGUAAUAUUGUUUGUGGCUGUUUUUAUGUAAAUGCUAAAAAAGAGUAGUUGUAUUUUGCUUUUAUAUUUUUUCCCUGUACAUACCAGUGGAAAAAAAAAAAG